GUCGCAGUGUCGAGUGACUCGUUCGCGCGAGCCGCCACUACUUUCCUGGAUUUCGCGGAGUACGCGUCGUCGCCGAAUAUACGCUGCCGCUACCGAGGCGGUGAUCGAUUCCUCCCGACGGAGAGACGCAGGCAUUCGCGGAUCUCUCCACGGCGAUCCUGCCGGUCGGGUCCGACGCGCGCGACCCAAUAUUGCACGGUUCUGUGUGUAAAUAUAUUACCUGUUGGUUUAAGUGCAGUGAGAUUUAUAUUAGUGGGUAACCCAAAUGGUUGUGCUCGAGGAAGGCGGUAUGUUGACUACUGGACACAAUCAAUAUUUACCACCGGAUUAUCUUUCUCCGCUUCCAACCACGUUGGACGCGAAGAAGAGUCCGCUGGCGUUAUUGGCGCAGACAUGUAGUCAAAUCGGGGCGGAUUCGCCUGCAAAACCGCUAAUAUCGCCCCUGGAGAAGAGCUCGAAGGGAAUAAAUAUCGCCACGAACGCGAAAUCGCCGCCGGCCGCGAAACUGGAACGCAACAGUCAGCGCGGCAGUCCGACGGACGGCAAGUCGCUGGCGUUCAAGCCGUACGAGGCCAAUGUCGUGACGAAGAAGACCUCGGACGAGGGCAGACCCACGUCCAAGGCCAGUGUGCACAGUGUCAGUGGUCAGGAUAGUAUCAGUGUGAGUGAUAACAUGCAUCCCGACAAGAAAUCGUCCGGUAAUCGUACGCCGGUGGGCCGAAAGUCCGCGUCGCCGAGCGGCCAAGCGACGGCCACCAGCGGCACGCCGUCGGUCGACCGAAAGACCCCGGCCGAUCGCGAGAAGACCGACGGAUCACCGCGGAGCAUCAACAAUAACAACAACGGCAGCAAUAACAACAACAACAAUAACAACGGUACCAGUCCGAUCAUCAGAUCAGGAAUGGAGAUCCUUUCCGGCGCGCAUACAAAGGACGCGAAUCUGGCGGCUUACAAACCGGGUCUUCCAGGUUUCUCCAGCAAUCCGCUGUGCUGUCCGCCCGGUCUGGCCGAGAAUCCCGCCUUCAGGCCGCCCUUCGCGGGCGCAUCGCCCUUUUCGCAUCAUCAUGCCGCCGCGGCAGCGCUGCUCGGCUAUCCGUCGGCUAGUCCGACCGGCGGCAAUCCGUACUUGACCUACGCCCGCGUCAAGACUCCAGCCGGCGGCGAAGCCUUAGUACCGGUCUGCAAGGAUCCCUAUUGCACUGGUUGCCCUUACAGCAUGCACAACACCCAGAUCAUGAUGGGUGCGGGCAGUUGUCCGAGCGGUUGUACUCAGUGCGAUCAUCAGAAGUACGGCCUGGCCAUGGCGUUGUCGUCGUUGGGCCCGAUGCCACCCCCGUCGUUGUCCUAUCCGUCCACGCUGGCAGGCGGUCGGCCUUACGUCUGCAACUGGAUCGCCGGCGAGUCUUACUGCGGCAAGCGAUUCACCACGUCGGAGGAGCUGCUGCAGCAUCUACGUAGCCACACGAGCCUGGGCGGCGGCGGUGAUCACGUGGCCUCCGCGGCGGCGCUCCUCGGCAAUCCGCAUCAGCAUCCGCUGCUGUCGCCGUCGACGACGCUCCAUCGGGCCAGCGGCGGCACUUAUCCCGCGCCGUCGCUGAGCCCCCUCAGCGCCAGAUAUCAUCCUUACGGUAAACCACCGACGGGCCCGCUCCCGGCCUCGCUUGCCGCCUCGCCGUACAGCGCUUUCAACGCCUUGGGACCGUAUUACUCGCCGUACGCGGUUUACGGGCAACGAAUCGGCGCUGCCGUACACCCUUAAGACGGAUAUACGUCUCGAGGGGGGGGGGAGGGGGACGCAGCGAGGGUAGGAUUGAUCAUUUGCGGAGGAACUGUUUCUUUUCUUUUCUUAUUCUCCUCCCCUCUCUCUUUCUCUGUCCCCUUUCUUUCUCAGUGUACAGUUGGAAAAUGUGCAAAGAUACGCGGACGAGAUUGCCGUUUAACGGAGACUGUUGUGUAAAUAGCCACUGUGUAUAAUACAAAUUUAUUUAAAAGAAUUCUAUAUAUGUAUAUAUACAUAUAAAUAUAUGUGUACAUUGAAGAUUAUAAUUAAAGUUUAUGAAACAACACUUGGCAGUGUAACGUUGCAUCGCGACACCACCACUCUCUUGCGGAACUUCUAUGAUACACGAGUAACACGCAUCUCUAUUAAAAUCCGGUUACCAGGUUGGGAAGAGGUCCUAUGCCAGCUGUGUAAGUUGAUAUUGUCACGGUUGCUGGACGAACAAGGCCUCCCUCGCUUCAACACGCUAGAUGCGAGGGAGAAUUUCUGAUCGCGCUUCCAAACGCAUUCUCGACGACGAGAGACGUUGUGUGUUAUCUUCCGGCGCUUUUUUUUUACACACACAACGGUAGGUCCUCGUCUCGUUGUACAUCACAUCCUCGCGUUACAAACGACAUUAAAUCGGUUAUUCGGCGAUGUAUUGGACGCAUAUCCUGUGAAGGAUUGUAAAGUGCGUAUUAUGAACACUGUAUAUUUUCCGACGCUCCGCAAACGCGAGCCUUUCAUCCUAACGCGUUCGAUAACGCGGUUUCGCGUGUUUCUAUGUCCAUGAUAUAACUGUGAUAUUACGCUACUUUUUCGAGAAAAAAAAAUCCAUAUGAGAAAGAGAUAUUAUUAAUGAAAAUAUACAAGAUAUCUUUCUCUAAGAUGAAAUACAACGUUGUAAUUUAUUAUCGUCGUCAUUUGUCAGAAGGCAAAUAUGGUUAUCGUUGCACGAAAAUAAAAUUAUUCCAGAUAAUAUGUUUUUAUCUCUUUUUUUUUUUUCUUCACGAAAUUCGAUAAUUGCAGGAAUAUUUGAUCAGGUAUAGCGAGCGUAUCGAAUCGCGUUGUCUCUUUAAUAUCACAUCGUCUUACAUAAUAUCGAAUAGAAUGAUCUGAUAAAAGAAACACAUGGUCUACGAUACGCAUUAUUCGCAUUGUAAAUAUUUCUUGUAAAUAUCGUUGAGUUUCCAUACCGCUUUAAUAAAAACAAUGUUUGUAGAAUCAUCUAAUCCUUUAUAUAUUUUACCAUUUGAACUAUGUCGUUCGAUUAUAUAUCCGAUUCCUUCCUUUUCUCCGCUUUCAGUAUGUUUCGUAAUCGUUAAUUAUUUUUUUAUAUAACUUUACAAUACAAUCUUUUUUAACUAAAUUAAUAUCCUACAUAUUUCGAUUAUCAAAAUGCGCAAUUGAUUAUGUAUCUCAAUUAAAAAAAAAAAAAAAAAAAAAAAAAAAAAAAAAAAAA